AUGGACUGCGAAAAGCAACCUCAGAUUGAGGAAUGGCAUCUGAUUGGUCUCCUCUCUGACUUCCCCGACAUCAGCCAAGACAACGAACGCUGCCAUAUCUUACCCGCGUGUAAGACCUUGAGCGUCCCCAACGCCAAAUCAGCACAAACCAGAAACCGCUUAUCAGAUCUAAAUGAUCAGGUGCUGGUGUUUAAAUACAAAGGAUUCUUGCACGCCAUUGACAAUCAAUGUCCACAUUCGUCCUUUCCCCUGAAACAGGGUAAUGUUUUCGAUAUCGAGGACAUCGGAGCUCCGCACGGUGCUGGUAUUCGAUGUUUUAGACAUGGGUGGAAAUUUGAUCUUUUUACGGGAAAGGGGGAUAGUGGUCCUCACAAGCUCAAUUUGUGGGACAUUGAGGUACGUGACAUAGAGGGGGCUGCGAGUGGCGACAAGGAAGUUUGGGUCAGGAGACCAUCACAAGAUUCGCAGUAG